GAGCUCUGGGGUCGCAGUCGGCAAGCGACGGCGAUAGCGUUAGCGGUAAAGAUGCCGGGGAAGACCUCGUUUCUGGUCCUCGGCAAAAGUCAAAGCGCAGCUACCGAGAUGGACGCUUCCUUCAUUGUUUAUUCUGCUCCGCCACCGACGGUUGAUUAUUGAAAGCAAGAUCAUGAGCACUCCCAAGGCUGCCAUGCAUGGCAUCUGUGCGCGUUGAUUGGACUGCUAGUACAUCGACAGCACGAGCGGAGCAAAAGAUUCAUGCCCGACGAUUUUCCCAGGCAUAAUGCGGGAAUAAAAUCUGAUUGCGGAAUGUUUUACUCCGGGGGAAAGUCAUUUCCGGUCCAUCGUCAAAGCUUAACGCUCCCUGCACUGCUGCAUGCAGUGCACUUUUUUUUAGUUUAUCUGCACAGCAGCUCGAUCCCUGCAUCUUCUCUAAACCGAUUGAAUCGAACAGUGACCUCUUCUUUUUAAUGAAUUUUAUCUGCAUUGCCGACAUCCAGCCCGGAAUCGAUCACGGAUGCAGCAGAUGUCAUUUGGACUCGAUGUGCUAUAUCCACCGGGGACCUUUUCCGACGCCGCGUUCAGACGAAUGAACGAUCUCUCGAAGUCGGAAGAGUGUUGGCGAUCAUGAGCGAGAAACUGUUCCCACGAGAAGAGGCUUCUCGAAUUUCUGUAAUCUCUGACAAAAACACGAACUGUUUGCCUGGUCAUGAUGGCCUGAAAACUUUCGAUUUAUCUUGCAAUUACUGACGAUCCGUAUCGGCAAUCAAAGCGUUUGAGUUCCAAAAGCCCUGUCGAUGGAGAAUUCUAUUCUGGAGACUGUUAGAAGGCUAAGCUCAUGUACUCUCUGAUCAGAGAGGAUAGCGUCAUUUGUCUUCAGCUCGUUGCAAGGAACUACAUCGUCGAGAUCGUGUCUCAAGCAGUACAAAUAUGUUGUCAGUGUUAAUAUGCUGCUGGAUUUGAUAAGUUUCUGCAUCUCCUCGACCCUAGAGCUUGUUCAUCACAAUUUUUCGCAUCUUGUGCUUUGCUCGUGCCAGCACUAAUAGCAAUUUCGUUGCUGAUGUUUAUGUUCAUCCUCGGGGAUACAGAGCACAGAUGGUACCAGCAGGUCUGAAGUCUCGAUCCUAGUAGAGUCCUGUGAUAUACAGAUGGAAGACCCUCGUUGUUCAUGAUACGAUGGGGUGAAGUAUUUCGAGACACUCGGGGAAUUCGACUCGAGUAGGAAGGCCGAAGAAGACGGAUCGGUUCGAAGUGUUCAGGCUUCGAUUUGUCAAGAUGCGAUGGGCGUUUCUUGAAGAAUAAUUGAGAGAUAAAUAAGUAUGCAUCUCCCUCUGCAUAAAAUGAAGGAAUUUCAAAAAGCCUGCUUAUCCUUUUUCCAGUAUCACCUCAGAUUAUUCAGGUCAGAUAGCUUCUUCUGUACUGAUCUCUUUGUGGCAAGAAAGUGAAGAAUUCUUCGCCGUCUAGCAGGUGAGCAAACAGACUCAGUAUCUUGUGUGCAGUGAUUACAGAUGGUUUAGUUUCUCUCAAUGUGGAAUCAUUUGUAUACAUCAAAUCUUAAGAUGUCAGGUCGUUUGCGAAACCUUUGUCAAUGCAUACUUAUAUCGUGCAGGCAUGCAGAUUACCAGAUUACUGGCUUAAUAUAGAUGGAAUAGAAAGAAUAGAAAGAAAUCACUAAAAUACAUUUCGAAUACAGUUUAUAGAUAUUUUUGUGCAGUUAACGUUCACUGAAUUGUCAAAACUGAGGUACAUUUGAUGUUGGCUUUCGCCCUUAAUCGUUUUGAAGAAUGAAGUUGGUCGUCGGUGGUGAACUCUCAGGGUAUGUUUCAAUGCUGGAGCAAAGUAUGGUAAGAGAGCACAAACUGUGUUCUUUAUUAUUGUGCUCUUAAACCCUAAACUGUCCCAUGUCGUGUUGAUAGGAAAGUCAGCUAGUCUAUCUGCAUGUAAAAUUUAUAGAAGUUUGAUAUACCAUACGAAAGAAGAAAUCUUUCGAUGGCCGGGUAUUCCUCAAGAUAUAUUUUUAUUUCCUCAAUAAAUACCGUUGUAAAUG